AUGGCCCAUAACGUACCCAUGCAAGGAGGUGGAUUCUACUCUGCAAACUCAGGGCUGCAAUAUGAGGCCAUGAAGAAAGCUCUGCCGUUGAUCAAACGAGCUAUCAUACAAACAUCAGCGAAAAAUCUCAGUCUCAUCAGCGAUGGCUUUACAAUUGUUGAGUACGGUUGUUCAGAUGGAAACAACUCAUUGGAGCCUUUCGUGGCAAUCAUGGAGAGCCUGGAGAGCCAUGCAUAUGCAAAUCUCAUUUUCAACGACCGUCCUGAGAACGACUUUUCGGUGGUUGCCGGCCAUAUCACAAAGCUACAACAACUGCUCAUGUCGAAAUCAGGAGCAGAUGUCUUCCUUUCCAUGGUGCCCGCAAGCUUUUACAGUUCCGUCGUGAAGCCCAGCUCAGCGCACUUUGGUUUCUCCUUGUACUGUCUCCAGCACCUCGACCGCGCAGCUGCUCCGCCACAACAAUCCCACGGCGAGUUUCUUAGCGACGCCUUGAAACAGAUUCCGUUCAAGGAGCAAGCAGACAUUGACCUGCGAAACUUCCUUACACUUCGUGCCACGGAGAUUCUCCCUGGUGGAUCUCUCGUGCUGACAUUCACGGGUCAAGCUCAAUCUGGCGAGCCGAAUGUUGUGGGCAUCGUAUCAUCUCUCCGCGAUGCUACGGCUGAAAUGGUGCAGGAGGGCAAGGUUUCACGGGACGCUGCUUCGUCAUUUCACAUCCCUGUCUACAGUCGCACGGCCGAAGCCACCAAAUCUGUCCUAGCUGAUAUGGGGUCAUCCUGGAUCGUGCGCGAGCAUUUUGACGAGUGGGUCACGCACCCAGCCACUGAAGAGAUGGCACUUCGGCGUAGUCGACGCAGCUUGAAGGAGGAAGACUAUGUGUGGUAUGCUGGGGUCGCAGUGGACUGGGGCAUGGCAAUUUCGGCAGGUCACUUCCAGAAAGCUUUGCAAGGCGAUGGAUUAGACCAAAACAAGGUUAAUACGAUUAUGGCGGAAUGGGAAGAAAAAACGAAGGUGUGCUUCCUCAAGUCGUUCAAGGAGCAGGCGUUGAGGUGCACAACGACGUACCUCAGACUCGAACGUGUUCAACUUUAAAAAUGAUAACUGACAGAAGCCCCUAUGGUUCCUAGACACGAAAAGUCUCGAAGCUCAGCACGGGAUAUAAGAUACAAUCAAACAAUAUUGUAACAAUGCCCAUCCAUGACAAUCUUCUUUAUUAUGGUACUAUUCCCCUCCCUGUAUUCUAAGCAAUACUAUAAUGACUCCUAACUCUGUAUUAUAUUGACCUACGGAGUGAAUAAUGCUAUAAGAAUAAGCUUACUCCA